AUGGCAGGCUCAAGAUCCGAUUCGAUGGUUUCGGGUAAAGAAAGUGACAAGAUACCUUUGACGAGGGCCGAUGGAUUGGUUUUGGUGUUGGAUACGCCGAAAGGAAGAGGUGUAUUUGCGAAUAAAGAUAUACCAGGGAGAUCUGUUAUAGAAGUAUGUCCGGUUUUGGUUCUCGAUCCGGUGGAAAAUGAGGAAUAUAUUAGAAAAACGGAGUUGUAUCACUAUACCUAUAAUUGGCCAUAUACACCUCCAAAAAAGCAAGAAAAUAAUAUGCAGCCAAAUCAAAAUGGAAUUUCAAAAAUUCCUACAAUGACACAAGCUGUGAUUUUAGGACUGGGAAGCAUGUUUAAUCAUUCUGUACCGAACCAGAAUGUGGGAUGGGAAAGAGAUGUAGCACGACAAUUAAUGACUUAUACGGCUUUGAGAGAUAUCCAGAAAGGGGAAGAACUCUGUAUCUCUUAUGGGCAGAGGCUUACGUUUAAAGAUACCGAAGAGCCGGUGCAUCAAGAUUCUGAUGAUUGGACGGAAGUUAUGAACUAUAUCGAUUUCAUUGGGUAA